AUGCCGUGGAAGCAGUGGGCAGUCAGUCUAUUGUUAUCCACCACAGUCUUGGCUCAGGAUAGCACAGUCUUCUCCAAAGAAAGCAACGACACUUUGCUAUGGGGAGCCUACCGACCAAACGUCUACUUCGGUGUUCGACCGCGACUACCAAAGUCGCUGACUACUGGACUGCUAUGGUCGAGGGUAGAAGACUUCCAGAGUGUUCAGCAGAAUGUCCGAUAUACAUGUGAGCAACACGAGGGCAUGGCAGGCUAUGGAUGGGAUGCAUAUGACCCUAGGACUGGUGGGGUUCAGACCAUCCAUGACAGAGGCAAUGGCAUAGACAUUGAGACGAGCUUUGUCAAGUUUGAUGGUGGAGGAGGAGGAUGGAGUGCUCGUAUCAAGGGGACGCCACGAGAGGAUGCCGAAGCCGGUCCUGGCAGCGAAGGUGGUGUCGAGAGCAUGAAGACGGCAGUGUGGUUUACUGCUGGUAUGGAAGGACUGGGUGGACUCGAGGUCGAAGGGGUUGAGGAAGCAGACGACACGGGCUUCGAGGGCGACAUCGUACUCAAUGGCCAGACCUCCGACCUAGGCGAGUUCAAGCUCACCCUCACCGACAACCCUGCCAACCGCCACCCUGCCCACAACCACCCGUCAGGAAAGUCGAAACCGCUAUCAAACAGCUUCGUUCACUCCCUCCAAGUCCCCGAAGAAGCGAUGUGGCAAUCAAAAGCCAUUCUCUUCGGUUCCCUGAAGACGACAAUCGAUGCAUACGUCGAAGAGUACACCGAAGAAAAGAUGCCGCCACCCUGGCAAACCUACACCAUCCAAAACCGACCCGGUCAGGGCAACAUGCACGUCGUGCAAAAAGUCUUCCAAGGUGCUUUCGAGUUCGACGUUUUCUACGCCCCGGCUGAGACCAAGCAACCAACAUCGCAGGAUCUGACCAAAGCCAUCAAGGACGUAGUGGACAUUUUCGACAAGAAGUACCGCUCGGUCCUCGCCCCCCAAGCUCCCUUCACAGCAGAAAAGUACAUGCGCUUCAGCAAAUCCCUCUUCUCCAAUCUCAUAGGCGGUAUCGGGUACUUUAAUGGCGACCAACUCAUCGAUCGCUCUUACGACCCUUCGUACGAAGAAGAAAAUGAAGGUUUUCACCAGGAGACCGCCGAGGCGCGAUCACUUAAUCGUCAGGAACUCGAGGGUCCGUACGAACUCUUCACUUCCAUCCCCUCGCGCCCCUUCUUUCCUCGAGGAUUCUUAUGGGACGAAGGCUUCCAUCUCCUGCCAAUCGUAGACUGGGAUCCGGAGCUGGUAAUGCAAAUCAUAUCCAGUUGGUUCGGGACAAUGGACGAAGAAGGCUGGAUAGCACGAGAACAGAUCCUAGGCGCCGAGGCCCGGAGUAAAGUCCCCCAGGAAUUCCAAGUCCAAUAUCCACAUUAUGCUAAUCCACCCACGCUCUUCAUGACCAUCCAAGCCCUCAUCGACCACGCCCAAGAGACUUCCAAGGACGACUCAGCCAAGACGCUGAAGCCCUGGUUGAAGCAACUUUACCCCCUCCUCCAACGCAACUUCGCUUGGUACCGCCGCACCCAGUCCGGUGACCUCAAAUCCUACGACCGACCCAAAAGCUUCAGCUCAAAGGAAGCCUAUCGCUGGCGCGGCCGCACAGACCGCCAUGUCCUCACCUCGGGUCUAGACGACUACCCGCGUGCCCAACCGCCUCACCCGGGCGAACUGCACACGGAUCUCAUGGCGUGGAUGGGUAUGAUGGCGCGGAGUAUGCAGAGCGUCGCAACAUACAUCGGCGAAACCGGUGAUAGUGGAACCCAUGCCAAGAUAGCCGAGGCCAUCCAACGGAAUACGGACGAUUUGCAUUGGGACAAAAGUGCGAAGACGUAUUGCGAUGUCACGAUCGAUGAGUACGAGGAGAGUGUCAGGGUCUGUCAUAAAGGGUAUAUUUCUAUUUUCCCUUUCAUGACCGGGUUGGUGGGACCGAGCAAUGAGCAUCUGGGUGAUGUGUUGGAUUUGAUUGCUGAUAAGGAGGAGUUGUGGAGUGAACAUGGGGUGAGGAGUCUCAGUAAGAAGGAUGAGUUGUAUGGGACCGAGGAGAAUUAUUGGCGGAGUCCGGUGUGGAUGAAUAUGAAUUAUCUUAUUCUGACGAAUUUAUACAAAACCGCACAAUCCUCCGGGCCCCACCAAGCCAAAGCGACGAGGAUGUAUAAUACCCUCCGCUUUAAUCUGGUGAAGACGGUGUACCUUUCCUGGUUGGAGACGGGUUUUGCGUGGGAGCAGUAUCAUCCGGAGACAGGCCAGGGCCAGCGGACGCAGCAUUUUACCGGGUGGACAAGUUUGGUGGUGAAGAUGAUGGAGAUGCCGGAUCUAGGGAGUGGGAAGGGCAAGGGGGGGCAUGAGGAGUUGUAG